AUGGCGCCAGCAGUAGCUCCUUGGGCUCCCGGCUUGUGGCGGGCCUGCAACGCACUCAUGGCAGCUUUCUUCGCCCUGGCCGCUGUGGUGCAGGUGAACGAUCCAGAUGCAGAGUUGUGGGUGACACAAAAGUCUUUCCGCAGAGAGAGCUUAUACCAGCAACGCCCACUUCCCAUGACUACACCGGGCAUGACAGUGGUGUACGUGAUCCCAGCAGUGCUUACCCUGCUUGUUGGGUUUAAUCCUCUUGUCACAGGCAACUUCAUCUGGAAGAGUGUGUCUGCGAUACACAUGCUGUUCUGUGUGCUGUGGGCUGGUGGCUUGGCGUACCACUUCUUGCUUCAUGCAAAGCAGAACAUCCUAAAUGAGGAAGAAGGCAGGGAGCUGUCUGGCCUGGUGAUUGUCACAGCAUGGAUGGCCCUGUGCCACAGCUCAUCCAAGAAUCCAGGUGGUGGAAGAAUGCACUUGGCUAUUGCUGUUGUUAUCACCCUAUUCCCACUCCUGUUGUGGCUCUACGUAUACAUGAACAAGGAGAUGCGGUCCUCCUGGCCAACUCACUGCAAGACAGUCAUUUAAAUGAACCCAAUAAUGUUUACAUUAGUAGUUUCAACAUAUUAUACAUAUUGGGGAAAUGGGACAGUUUCCCAGAGAUGAUUUAAAGUCUUGGGAAUGUAACAAGGCUACUCACAAUGUGAUGGACGAUUGACUAGGACAGAUAAGAAUUGGGGACUGAGUCUUCAGAGUCUCUUCUGUGACAGCACUGGACCAGGCAAUGAGCAGAAACUUGAGUUUGAAUCCAGUUUUGCACUAUGUGAUGGGGCAAACCCACGAAUCUCCUGGUACAUAUUUCCUCACGUAUAAAGUAGGAGGUCAGACCUCUUUAGUUACCACAACCAAACUAGUGUGAAGGCACCCUGAGAAGAUAAAGCUCACCUGAGAGUUCCCAAGGGUUUACAGUGAAAGGGGGCUGAGGCUGUACCCAGCCGCAUGCUGACACGGAGUGGGUUCAAAAAGACCACAAUCCCAAGCUAAUCUCAAUGUACUGAACUGGUUCAGCUGCACUGAACCCAGAAAAAUUCCAGGACAGGUGAGCCGAAUGAAAGUAGAAGGAAAAAAAAGUAGAAAUUAAAGAAAAUAUAGAGAAGAUAAAUUUGGAGUUAGCAAGAAUAGGGAAUAUUAAUCAUAAUUUAUUCUCAGUGAAAACUAAGAUGAAAAUAUACACAUCCUUUUAAUGACUGUUGAAGUGACCACAGGGGAGGGGAGCUCUGUAGGGUGACACAGUCCAACAGGGCAUACACAGGUUGUUAUCAAGCACUUGACUUGUGGGCAGGGUGACCAAAGAAGUAAAUUUUUAACUUUUCUACUUUUAGAAGCAGGGAGUCAACUGCCAGGAAAAGUUAAGUGUUGCAUGGAAUCGUGUGUGUGUGUGUGUGUGUGUGUGUGUGUGUGUGUGUGUGUGUGUGUG